UUUAGGAAUGGAUCGUGAUUAUGGCCCUGGAUCUUAUGGAGGGCUGGAUCGUGACUAUGGCCAUGGAUCCUAUGGGGGUCAAAGAUCCAUGGAUUCCUACCUAAACCAGUCCUAUGGCAUGGACAAUCACAGUGGUGGUGGUGGGGGUAGCAGGUUUGGACCUUAUGAGUCUUACGACUCCAGGUCUUCUCUGGGUGGGCGAGAUCUGUACAGAUCUGGCUAUGGUUUUAAUGAACCCGAACAAAGCCGCUUCGGAGGUAGUUAUGGUGGUCGAUUUGAGAGCUCCUACCGGAAUAGCCUUGACUCUUUCGGAGCCUGCACCUGUAGGCUCUCGGGGGAGAGGAACGCCUGCUUAUCCUGAAAGUACGUUUGGAAGCAGAAACUAUGAUGCUUUUGGAGGACCAUCAACAGGCAGAGGCCGAGGCCGAGGACAUAUGGGUGAUUUUGGAAGCAUUCAUAGACCUGGAAUUAUUGUUGACUAUCAAAACAAAUCUACCAGUGUGCCGAUUACUACUACAAGAGGAAUAAAAAGAAAAAUGAUGCAAAUAUUUAAUAAGCCCGGGGGAACCUUUAUCAAGAAACCUAAGCUAGCAAAACCUAUGGAGAAGAUGAACCUCAGCAAAUCACCUGCAAAAACUGACCCUAAAAAUGAAGAAGAAGAAAAGCGGCGAGUUGAGGCACGGCGGGAGAAGCAAAGACGUAGACGAGAGAAAAACAGCGAGAAAUAUGGAGACGGAUACAGAAUGGCAUUCACAUGUUCAUUUUGUAAAUUUCGAACCUUUGAAGAAAAAGAUAUUGAACUGCAUCUGGAAAGUUCUUCACACCAGGAAACAUUGGAUCAUAUUCAGAAACAAACCAAAUUUGAUAAAGUAGUUAUGGAAUUUUUACAUGAAUGUAUGGUGAAUAAGUUUAAAAAAGCUUCUAUUCGUAAGCAACAGACACUUAAUCACCCAGAAGCUUACAAAAUAAUUGAAAAGGAUGUUAUGGAAGGUGUCACUGCGGAUGACCACAUGAUGAAAGUCGAGACCGUUCACUGUAGUGCGUGUAGCGUCUACAUCCCUGCCUUCCAUAGCUCUGUUCAGCAACACCUGAAGUCUCCUGACCAUGUCAAAGGGAAGCAGGCUUAUAAGGAACAAAUAAAAAGAGAAAGUGUACUGACUGCUACAAGCAUCUUAAAUAAUCCAAUCGUGAAAGCGAGGUACGAGCGCUUUGUUAAGGGAGAGAAUCCUUUUGAAAUUCAAGAUCAUUCUCAGGAUCAGCAGAUAGAAGGAGAUGAAGAGGAUGAAGAGAAGAUUGAUGAACCCAUUGAAGAAGAGGACGAGGAAGAGGAGGAGGAGGGGGAGGAGGAUGAAGAAGGAGAGGAAGUGGGGGAAACAGAAGAGGUGGAAGAAGAAGAGGAAGGAGGGGAAGCUGGAGUAGUGGAGGGAGAAGGAGACCUAGAGGGAGGGGAGGGAACAGCAGAAUCAGGGGACGAUGAGAACCUGGGAGAAGCAGAGAAUGAGGAGGAGGAGGAGGGGAAGGAGGAGUCUGCCACCUGUCCUGCUGAGCAGUGUGAGCACAGUCAGGUGUAGUGUGUUAGACGAGUGGAGCUUUGCACCCUGUCCUACUGUAGAAAAGAAAAGACAUUUAAUAGAUUAUGAUAUUAAUUGAUACCAUGUUGCAUGCAUUCCACCUAUAAAAUUUGUUUUGUAUAAUUUCUAAAUGUUUGGCACUUGUUUAAUAAAAUGAAGUUAAGAUGA